AUGUCAGCCAUGCCGAAACAUCUAUGCGGCGACGGGGAUGGCGUUUACCACUGCGGCUGCGGAUUCGGGUACGAUUCCGUCUCCGACGACUAUAAGGUUGUCAAGCUUAACCAGAUGAUGUUGUUUAGUGCAAAAAUUGCUGAUUGUUUCCAAUCUGAACUGAUUAGUUAUGGGGUUAGGUCCGGUUCCAGUGUAGUUGUGAAAUUCCCUUAUAUCCUAGCUCUCACGGAGAAGGUAGGCGUGUUUGUUGGUGGAGCAAUUCAUUGGGUGGUUCACACCCCUGAUGUUAGCAACUUGAUUGUCGGUUUCGAUUUAGGGCGCAAUGAAUGCAAGGAAAUCCCUCAGCCGGAGUAUCGAAACGAGAAAUCGUUGCUCUUGAGAAUUGGUGAGCUGGAGAAGUGUCUGUGCAUCUUUGCCAAUUACCGGGGCAGGGUGCUCGAUGUCUGGAUCAUGAAAGAGUACGGUGUUGAGGAGUCAUGGAGUAAAAUGCUAUCCGUUCCACAUCCUGGAUUGUGCUACGAUAUUAGGAUUCGAUCUCUCGGGUACUCCAUGACCGGUCAGGAGUUGCUUCUGCUGUUGGAUUCCCAAAGGCUAGUUUGGUAUGACCUGAAGAAGAACCCUGAGAAGGGUGAUGCUGCUAAAGAGAUCACCAUCAGUGGAUUGAAGGCGGUGUUCGUAGAUGCCAUUGUUUGCUUUGGAAGCCUGGUUUCGCCCCAUGGCAAGUUUCCUACCAAAGAGGAAGUGAAAGUUGACAGGCUAAGGAAGAAGAGGGAUGGUUUCUUGUCUUCUGGGUUUAAGCUGAAGCUGUAG